ACUAGCUGUAGCCCCGCCCCGCCAGGCACUCGCUGCGCUUCCUCGUCCCCAUUGGUCCUAGGAGCACCGCCCGGCAGCCCUGAGAUUGGCCAGACCGGGCCCGUCGCGUCCAAUAGGCGGCGGCGCCGGCUUUCCCGCGGUUGUUUGCUGUUCCAGUGAGUCGUGGAGGCGGCGGCGGUUAGGGGAUGUAACGGUCGCCCGGCUCCGGUGCGACGAUGGCGGCCGUAGGGUCCGGAGGCAAUGCGCGGAACGAUGCGGCGGAGAAGUUGACCUCUGUCAUGGCGGGAGUUCCGGCGCGGAGGGGCCAGUCCUCCCCGCCCCCCGCCCCACCGCUCUGCCUCCGGCGGCGGACGCGAUUCUCGACAGCCCCCGAGGAGACGGUGCAGAACCGGGUGUCACUCGAGAAGGUGCUUGGCAUCACAGCCCAGAACAGCAGUGGCCUAACCUGUGACCCUGGCACAGGCCAUGUGGCCUACCUGGCAGGCUGUGUGGUGGUGAUUUUGGACCCCAAGGAGAACAAGCAGCAGCACAUCUUUAACACCGCCAGGAAGUCUCUGAGCGCUCUGGCCUUCUCCCCUGAUGGGAAGUACAUAGUGACAGGGGAGAAUGGGCACAGGCCUGCCGUGCGCAUCUGGGAUGUGGAGGAGAAAAAUCAGGUGGCGGAGAUGCUAGGCCACAAGUAUGGUGUGGCCUGUGUGGCCUUCUCACCCAAUAUGAAGCACAUUGUGUCCAUGGGCUACCAACAUGACAUGGUGCUCAACGUCUGGGACUGGAAGAAAGACAUCGUGGUGGCCUCCAACAAGGUAUCUUGUAGAGUCAUUGCUCUCUCCUUCUCAGAGGACAGCAGCUAUUUUGUCACUGUUGGGAACCGGCAUGUGAGGUUCUGGUUCUUGGAAGUCUCCACUGAGACAAAGGUGACGGGCACAGUACCCCUUGUAGGGCGCUCAGGCAUACUGGGCGAGCUGCACAACAACAUUUUCUGUGGUGUGGCCUGCGGUCGGGGCCGGAUGGCGGGCAGUACCUUCUGUGUGUCCUACUCAGGCCUCCUCUGCCAGUUCAAUGAGAAGAGGGUUCUGGAGAAGUGGAUCAACCUGAAGGUCUCCCUGUCUUCCUGCCUCUGUGUCAGCCAGGAGCUCAUCUUCUGUGGCUGCACAGAUGGGAUAGUCCGCAUCUUCCAGGCCCACAGCCUGCACUACCUUGCCAACCUGCCCAAGCCGCACUACCUUGGGGUAGACGUGGCACAAGGACUGGAGCCCAGCUUCCUCUUCCACAGGAAGGCAGAAGCAGUCUACCCAGAUACAGUGGCACUGACCUUCGACCCCAUCCACCAGUGGCUGUCCUGCGUGUAUAAGGACCACAGCAUUUACAUUUGGGACAUCAAAGACAUCAACAGAGUGGGCAAGGUGUGGUCAGAGCUCUUCCACAGCUCUUACGUCUGGAAUGUGGAGGUAUAUCCUGAGUUUGAAGACCAGAGAGCUUGUUUGCCAUCAGGAUCCUUUCUGACUUGCUCUUCAGACAACACCAUUCGCUUCUGGAACUUGGACAGCAGCCCUGACUCUCACUGGCAGAAAAACAUCUUCAGCAAUACCCUGCUGAAGGUUGUGUAUGUGGAGAAUGACAUCCAGCACCUGCAGGACAUGUCACACUUCCCAGACCGGGGGAGCGAGAAUGGGACACCCAUGGACGUGAAAGCCGGGGUGCGGGUCAUGCAGGUCAGUCCUGACGGCCAGCAUUUGGCUUCAGGCGACCGAAGUGGAAAUCUGAGGAUCCACGAGCUGCACUUCAUGGACGAGCUGGUCAAGGUGGAGGCCCAUGAUGCUGAGGUGCUGUGCCUGGAGUACUCUAAGCCGGAGACGGGGAUGACCUUGCUGGCCUCAGCCAGUCGGGACCGGCUGAUCCAUGUGCUGAACGUGGAGAAGAACUACAACCUGGAGCAGACGCUGGAUGACCACUCCUCCUCCAUCACCGCCAUCAAGUUUGCUGGCAACAGAGACAUCCAGAUGAUCAGCUGUGGGGCUGACAAGAGCAUCUACUUUCGCAGCGCCCAGCGGGGUUCAGAUGGACUACACUUUGUCCGUACCCACCACGUAGCAGAGAAAACCACCUUGUAUGACAUGGACAUUGACAUCACCCAGAAGUAUGUGGCCGUGGCCUGCCAGGACCGCAAUGUGAGAGUCUACAACACCGUGAACGGGAAGCAGAAGAAGUGCUACAAGGGCUCCCAGGGUGAUGAAGGGUCCUUGCUGAAGGUCCAUGUGGAUCCCUCAGGUACCUUCCUGGCUACUAGCUGCUCUGACAAAAGCAUCUCAGUGAUUGACUUUUACUCGGGCGAGUGCAUUGCCAAGAUGUUUGGCCAUUCAGAAAUUAUUACCAGCAUGAAGUUCACCUAUGACUGUCAUCACUUGAUCACAGUAUCCGGAGACAGGUGGGACAGGCCUGGAGGCUACCCCUGGCCAGGCCUCCCUCUGGGAGUGGGUGGGACAUGGGCCAUAGGAGAGUUGUGGCUCAGAUACCAUGACCACUGCACUCAGCCUGCCUGUGUAGAGAGCGUUUCUGAGCUGCCCAAUUUGAAUUGUGUGAGUUUUGGUGUCACACCCAGCUGCGAGUUCAGAUCCCAGCAGGAUACGUAUGUGUCCACACCUAGUGAGAUUCGCUCCCUGAGCCCUGGAGAGCAGACAGAGGAUGAUCUGGAGGAAGAGUGUGAGCCAGAAGAGAUGCUGAAGACACCAUCCAAAGACAGCUUGGAUCCAGAUCCUCGGUGCCUGCUAACCAAUGGCAAGCUGCCACUGUGGGCAAAGCGGCUGCUAGGGGAUGAUGAUGUGCCAGAUGGCUCAGCCUUCCACGCCAAGCGCAGCUACCAGCCCCACGGCCGCUGGGCAGAGCGGGCCGGCCAGGAGCCCCUCAAGACCAUUCUUGAUGCCCAGGACCUGGAUUGCUACUUUACCCCCAUGAAGCCCGAGAAUCUGGAGAACUCCGUUCUAGAUUCACUGGAGCCACAGAGCCUGGCUGGCCUGCUGAGUGAGUCAGAGAGUCCCCAGGAGGCUGGCCACGGGCACCCCUCCUUCCUUCCCCAACAGAGGGAAUCAUCGAAUGAGGCCAGUGAGCUCAUCCUCUACUCCCUGGAGGCAGAAGUGACAGUCACAGGGACAGACAGCCAGUACUGCGGGAAGGAGGUGGAGGCCAGGCCUGGAGACCAGCAGGGCGACUCCUACCUCAGGGUGUCCUCCAUCAGCCCAAAGGAUCAGAGCCCGCCUGAGGACUCGGGGGAGUCCGAGGCCGACCUGGAGUGCAGCUUCGAGGCCGUACACUCCCCAGUUCAGCCACCUCACCCCACCCCUCGGUUUGUCACGUUGCUGCCCCAUUUCCCAGGAUGCACAGGUCCCACAGAAGAUGAGCUGUCCCUGCCUGAGGGACCCAGCAUCCCCAGCAGCUCCCUGCCACAGACUCCUGAGCAGGAGAAGUUCCUCCGCCACCACUUUGAGACGCUGACUGAGUCCCCCUGCAGAGCCCUGGGAGACACGGAGGCCUCUGAGGCUGAGGACUACUACUUCAACCCGCGCCUGAGCAUCUCCACACAGUUCCUCUCCAGCCUCCAGAAGGCAUCCAGGUUCACCCACACCUUCCCUUCUCGGGCAACCCAGCACCUUGUGAAGUCUCCGGAGGUCAAGCCCACAGACCGAGGUGGAAGCCAACCCAGAACAGGUACUGGCUACACCUCCCAAGACGGGACCCACGUCCUUGCUGCAGGGAAGGUGCAGGAGACCCUGGAGGCCUGGCGCCCACCACCCCCCUGCCUUACGGGCCCAGUGCCCUGUGUCCCUGCCUCCUCCGUGCUGCCCACAGACGGGAAGCUCCCAACGCCCACAUCUGCACCCACCCUAGGCCCGGCUCAGGGUGUCCACGCCUCCUCCACCUGCUCCUACAUGGAGGCCCCUGCCAACUCCCGUGCCAGGAUAUCACGCAGCAUCUCCCUCGGGGACAGCAAGGGCCCUAUCGUGGCAGAAUUGGCCCAGCCCCUCUGUAGGCCGUCGUCCGUGGGGGACCUGGCCUCCCUGGGCCAGGAGCUUCAGACCAUCACCACCACAGUCACACCCAAUUUGGACAGUGAAGGCCAAGAGCCUUCCCUGCACUCCUGGGGCAACCACGAGGCCCGGGCCAACCUGAGACUGACCUUGUCAAGUGUCUGUGAUGAGCUCCUGCUGCCCCCCGUGGAUGCCCAGCCUGGUGUCACAGUCCCAGAAUCGAGUUUCUCAGCCCCUAACCCCAUAGACGGGAGCGCCCUGAGGCUCCAUGGCUCUGCCUUUCUCCCAAGUCUCCCAGUCUCUGAGUCCCCUGGCCUUCCUGACCACCCCAGUAGCCCCCAGCUUCCAGAGGCUGGACCUGGCGUCCCUGGCGGCACUGCCUCCCUCCUGGAGCCCACCUCUGGCGUACUCGGUCUGAUCGAGGGCAGCCCUGCCUGCUGGAGUGAGCCCUGGGUGCCGGCUGAAACCCUGCCCCUGUCCCCGCUUGAGCUGAGCAGGGUGGGGAACAUCUUGCACAGGCUGCAGACAGCCUUCCAAGAAGCCCUCGACCUUUACCGUGUGUUGGUCUCCAGUGGCCAGUUGGACACCAGGCAGCAGCAGGCGCGGAAUGAGCUGGUCUCCACCUUCCUGUGGAUCCACAGCCAACUCGAGGCCAACUGCCUGGUGGGGACCAGUGUGGCCCCAGCCCAGGCCCUGCCCAGCCCAGGCCCCCCCUCCCCACCGACACUGUACCCUCUGGCCAGCCCAGAUCUGCAGGCCCUGCUGGAACACUACUCAGAGCUGCUGGUGCAGGCCGUGCGGAGGAAGGCACGGGGGCACUGAGGGUGCAGCCCCUCCACCGCAGCCCUGCUGCUUCUGAGGACUUAGGUAUUUUAUGUGAAUAAACUGACAGCUUAGA